AUAUUUAUCAUUUAUUGUGUUGCAUUCAAAUUCAUCAAACGCAACAAAUUCAAUUUAAAAAAGCCAUUAAGAAAUAAAUACUUUCGAGUAAAAAUGAUUAACGAAAAUAACAUCUUACUACAACAUGUUACUCUGCUCUUUUCCUUUGAUAUAAUAUUAGCCAUUGGUUUGUAUCAAAUUGCGGCCACUGUAUUUGUCUACCCUUACAUAGAAAUGAAGCAAAAAUUUCAUGGGGAGGCUCUCUUCUGUACUACAUUCACCUCCUUAAAUGUAAGUUUUCUUUUUGGUGGAAUCGGUUACAGCUUAUUGUUAGCGGCAUUGUUAGUGCUGAUCUCGCAUAAGGAAUUUGAGCAAUUAUCGAUGGAGCUACUUUUAAUAAAAACAAUCGAUUAUGAUUUACGAGAGAAGCUAAACGAUUUAAUCAUGCAUCAUGAAGAACUUUGGAUUUUUGUGCAACAGUUCAAUUCUAAAUAUAAUUUAGUAUUUGGAUUUCUGUACUUUGGAAUCGUUUGGUUGACAAGUUUUUUAUAUUAUGUCUUUUUGUUUUUAGAAUUUCAUUAUUUUAUUAAAUUUCUUAUGCUUUUAUUGAUGAUACUAUUCACUUGCAUUAGCAUAAUUGCUGGCUGUCUUCUGUGCUCUUUAGCAUUUACGAUGGAAAAUACAUUUCAAGAUAUCAGACAAUUAGCAGGAUGUGACAUUGGAGAAAAUCAAAAGCUAAAGAUUUUGAACUUUAUGAAAAGAUUUGGAAAAGUUUCUCUCUGUCUCACAAUUGGUAGAUUUUUUAUUAUUGACAAGAGAAUUCCCUUGAAGAUGGCAAAAACGUUGCAUUCAGUUUUCUCUGGUUUCAAAAAGCUAAAAAGCAUUUCGAGUGAAGAACAAAACUGUUUACAGAUUUAUCAAAUUAAUUUCACAGAAACGAAUUAAAAAAACAUCUGUAGAAAUGUGUAGUUUCUAUUAAAAAGAGUUUUUCUUGGCAAUUAUUAUGUUCGUUAAAUGUAUUUUAUAGACGACUAUAAA